AGAGCGAGAGGACGGCCCGGCGCGGGGGCGGAGACCGAGGGCGCGUAGGUCGGAACAGGCACCCGCCACACCGCCACCCUAGAAAGCCGGUGCUUUCGCCUCAAACUCCUGCCCCACCCCGCGCGAGGGGCGGGUCCCGGGCAGGUUCUAGGGUUUGGGACCCUGAGAGCCACCCUCUUUGCCCCCGCGAGACGGCCGACCCGCGCCCACUCCGGGACCUCGCGACCACCCUUCCGGGCGGGAGCAGGACGAGAAGCCUCGUGGGCGCAGCGCGGCCCCUCCCAGCCAAGGGCACCAUGGCCACGUCGGCGCCGCUGCGCAGCCUGGAGGAGGAGGUCACCUGCUCCAUCUGCCUCGACUACCUGCGGGACCCCGUGACCAUCGACUGCGGCCACGUGUUCUGCCGCAGCUGCACCACGGACGUGCGGCCGGCGUCGGGGGGCCGCCCCGUCUGCCCGCUCUGCAAGAAGCCGUUCAAGAAGGAGAACAUCCGGCCGGUGUGGCAGCUGGCCAGCCUGGUGGAGAACAUCGAGCGGCUGAAGGUGGACAAGGACAGGCAGCCGGGGGACGCGGCCCGGGAGCCGCCGGACGCCAGGCUGUGCGAGCGGCACCGGGAGAAGCUGCAUUACUACUGUGAGGACGACGGCAAGCUGCUGUGCGUCAUGUGCCGCGAGUCCCGGGAACACAGGCCACACACGGCUGUCCUGGUGGAGAAGGCCGCCCAGCCCCACAGGGAGAAAAUCCUGAACCACCUGAGUACCCUGAGGAGAGACCGGGACAAAAUUCAGGGCUCCCAGGCCAAGGGAGAAGCUGAUAUCCUAACUGCACUGAAGAAGAUCCAGGACCAGCGGCAGAACGUCAUGGCCGAGUUUAAGCAGGCGCACGAGUUCCUGCGGGAGCGGGAGCAGCACCUGCUGGAGAAGCUGGAGGCGCUGCAGCAGGAGCUGACGGAGGGCCGCGAGAAGUACAAGAGCAGGGGUGUCGCGGAGCUGGCCCGGCUGGCGCUGGUCAUCUCUGAGCUGGAGACCAAGGCGCAGCAGCCGGCCGCAGAGCUCCUGCAGGACACCAGGGACUUCGUGAACAGGUACCCGCGGAAGAAGUUCUGGAUCGGGAAGCCCGUUGCUCGGGCGGUUAAGAAGAAGACGGGAGAGUUCUCCGAGAAACUGCAGUCCCUGCAGCGAGGCCUGAGAGAGUUCCAAGGGAAGCUGCUAAGAGACUUGGAAUAUAAGACAGUCAGUGUCACGCUGGACCCGCAGUCGGCGAGCGGGUACCUGCAGCUGUCGGAGGACUGGAAGUGUGUGACCUACAGCAGCCUCUACCAGAGCGCUUACCUGCACCCCCAGCAGUUCGACUGUGAGCCGGGGGUGCUGGGCACGAAGGGCUUCACCUGGGGCAAGGUGUACUGGGAAGUGGAGGUGGACCGGGAGGGCUGGUCCGAGGAGGAGGAGGAGGGCGAGGAGGAGGAGGAGGGCGAGGAGGAGGAGGAGGAAGAGGCGGCCGGCGACGGCGACGGCGACGGGCACGAGGACUGGGAGACAGAUGAGGACGAGGAGUCGUUAGGGGAGGAAGAGGCGGAGGCGGAGGAGGAGGAGGAGGUCCUCGAAAGCUGCAUGGUGGGGGUGGCCAGAGACUCUGUGAAGAGGAAGGGCGACCUGUCCCUGCGGCCGGAGGACGGGGUGUGGGCGCUGCGCCUCUCCUCCGCGGGCAUCUGGGCCAACACGGACCCCGAGGCUGAGCUCUUCCCAGCCCUGCGGCCCCGGCGGGUGGGCAUCGCCCUGGAUUAUGAAGGCGGCACUGUGACAUUUACCAACGCGGAGUCACAAGAACUCAUCUACACCUUCACCGCUACCUUCACACGGCGCCUGGUCCCGUUCCUGUGGCUCAAGUGGCCUGGGACUCGCCUCCUGCUGCGACCCUGAGCCCACCGCUGCUUCCCUUCUCGGGGAUUCCAGGACCGUGACGGGGAGGGGGGGUGUCUGGCCGCGGCACCCGGAGCAGGUGCACUCCCCGCCACCGCCCCGUGGCUCUGGCCCCUCGAGGCUCGCUCAGCGCCGCCGCUCCGUCCACACAGCCGCCUUCGGACUCGUCCCCCAGCCCCUGGGGGUCCCUGUGCGGACGUCUGACCCCAGAGUCCGUGAGAGCCCUCUGUGGCCUCGGCCCAGCUCUGCACACACUCUGUUGAACCAGAGACGAGACAGCCUUCCGUCGCCCAGUCUGGCGUGCCGUGCUGGCGUCCCCUGGGGGAGCACAGGUGACCGCACCGAGGCCGCCUGCUGUGCCCGGCGUCCCCCUUGCCCACAUCCUCUCCGCUGCCAGCCUUCCCUGCCCCCAACGCAGCGUCCCCCACGCGAGCAGAGCAGAAGCCCACCACGGUUUCCAGGCGGUUUGAACAAGCUUCCGAGGUGCCGCGGAGUCGCCCAGCCUGGAGCCGGCGCCUCGAUGCUCUGAGACCAGGGUCGAACGUCUGACCUAGGACCCCCGGAGCUGCUUGGGGGAGGGAUCUGGAUGCACGUGGCUCUGAGGCCUUGUGUGUGGUCAGCGAUCAGUAAAUGACCUGAGGGUGAGGCUUUGGGAGAUGGUGACGGGAGUCCGGAACACUGCUCUUGGUGGGUCAUCUGAGGUCACCAGGCAGACGCCCGUCCAGGCCAGCCCUCCCUUGGAAGCCCCGGCCCGUGCCCCCUGCACAGUGGAAACUUAGUCCGGAUGACUCUGCAGGCCCCUCUGUCCUGCGACGGGGCAGUGGGGAGAGGAGAGGACGCCAGCAGGGUCCCCGGAGCUCGCCUUCGUGUAGGGUGAGGGCUGGACCGCGGCCUUGUGGCGCUCGCACGCUCCUGCUCCAGCCGGACACGCACAGCCUGUGUGUGCACCCGUCCCAGGCCUGGAAGCAGCGUCCCAGGCCCCGGCACCUCGGCCCCCACAUCACCUGGCAAGGUCCCUGCUAUUUCUGCCUCUAGUUUUGUACCCCCAUGCACCUCCCGCAGGGCUGGGCACACAGCAGGUGCUCAAUAAAGACUUGUGCAAUGAGCAGACUGGGUUCAUUUACUUUAUUAUAAACUUUGUGUGGCUCCAGAGUGGUUGCAUGAACGGCAGUGGCCUGCGGUCCCUCCUGGGACACGCCGCUGCCCCAGGCAACAGCCCCCACGUCUCCCUGUCCCGCCGCACCAGCCCCGUGCUCUUCACCCAGCAUCCGCACAGCCCAGGACGGCCCGUGACACGGCGACAUUCUGUGGCACACCCAGAAUCUUUCCGAGGAAAAUGCACGGUGCCCUACCCGAAGGAGGCGCCCCCAGUGCCCUCUGACCCACGCAGCCCCCCAGCCGUCUCCUGUCUGCUCUCUGCUGGUUUUCUACUUGUCGUCUUCAACACAGAAAUGGAAGAUCUCAUUUAUGACUCUUCCCCCUUUAUAUUUUUCGUUUGUUCUUUUUGCUUUUCUUUCUAAAUACAGAUACGCAAAAUGUGUCCCUAUUUAGAAAUAAGACACGAUAUUAAUAUAAUGAGGUCAGUUAAUCUGCAUUCGAAUCCUGCCAGACAAUAAUCACUAGCAUAUUCUUGAAAAUUUACAUUUAUUUUGUUGAUCGAUGUGAAUCAUUUCCUGAAAUUAUGCUUCCUAAUCUUUUAUUUAUGGCAAGAUUUCAGAAUUCUCAAAAUGCCGCUUAUCCUUUCUUGGAAAGAAUUUUUACAUAAUGAAAUUUCUGAAAAACUUUAAGGUGAUCGUUGUAUAAUUAAAAGCUCCUGGUUAUUAAAUAGGGGACAUUUGCAUUUGAACAAUACAGGAAUGCUUGCAGAUCCUGGUUUGAUGAGUUUCCUGAGCGUGAAACUUCCAGAAUAAAGCGUAGACGACGAGGUAUCCGCAUGCAACAGCAAAACCCUGAAAACAUGCACAUUAUGCCACCACGUGAGGACAGAAAGGUGCCACAUGGAACUUAUCUAGAUUCUUUUGGACAUUUUUAUUUUUUAUAAUCAUAUUUUUAAGUAUUUAUGGGACCUUCACCUGCACGUGUGGUCAGAUCCACGUAGCAUUUAUCACGGGCGAGAAAAGAGCAGCCCCCUGCUCUCCCCAGGGCACUCCGUGCUGGGCAUUUCCUCGAUGCAGCGUUGGUGUGGGACUGUCCUCCGUCCCCCGGCAGCGGGGGCUCUAGCUCUGGACCUGGCUUUCUCGUGGGGUGCACACCUGUCCUGCCCGGUGGCCACGCCUGAGCGCAGUUUACCGAGUCCUGUGCACAUGGGUCUGCGGGGACAGCCUGCUCUUCCUGGACGGAGGAACGGCCUUUCUCUCCCCUUUGGCUUCAUUCCCUACGUCCGCAUUACUAACCGGAGCCCAGCGUGUUCACUGGUUGUCCGCCUCCGUCAGCGCCAGGUCGUCGGCUGCUAGGGUCGGUGUUCUGUCCCGUCUCCCGCCUCCCGCCACCCUCCGUCUGUGCACAGCCCCGUGGGCUGGGCUUUCCUGUUUCUCAUCCUGUGUUUUCCUCUUCUUCACGGACUUCCUUCUCCUAAGCCGGUGGCUUCCUGAUGGGGCGCGUAAGUUGCUGUUUCGAGAUGUUGAGUAUCUGCAAGUUCAGGGCCUUUCGGUUCAGGGAAACAUUGCUAAGUUUUUUCCUUUUUUUUUUUUUUUUUAAUUUAAUUUAAUUUAAUUUUUGUUGGUGUGUGUGUGUUCCAAAAUUCAUUGUUUGCCAAGUUAUUUCUUGACAGUUGGCACCUCCUUCAUUUUCUCUGCCGUCUCUGGCCUUCGUGUGGCUCCUGCACUGGUUUUCCGAGAGGCCGGGGUAGGCGAGGACGUUUCCAGGCCGGGACCUGGAGGGCGGCGGGCAGAGACCUGGAAGAGGACGGUGAUGGGUGCCGAGCCGGUGUCCGCUGUCUAGGAUCGCACGGGCAGGGGGACAGGCAGGGACAGGCUGGGAGGGGUCACCGCAUGUCUGCAGCAGGGGAGGGGUUGGCACAGGCGGACCAUGCCGGCCGCGGGCACCACACCGCCGGGUCUGGGGCUAGGGAGCCGCUCAGACGGCACGCGUGCUGCCCCUCCUACACCCCCGACACCGUUCUUCGUGGGGUGCUCCCUUCCUUCAGGGAGCUCGUCCCACGAGAGGCACAGACAAGUAUUAAGCAGUGAGGAGCGCCUGGGGGCCCCAGCGGCUGAGCAGUGAACUCUUGGUCUCGGCUCAGGUGGUGACCCCCGGAGUCGUGGGACCCAUCCCUACGGGGGCUCCGCGCUCAGCGGGCAUCUGCUUCUCCCUCUGCCCCUCCCCACGCUCACGCUCUCUCUCAAAUAAAGUAACAAAUCUUUAAAAAUAAAUAAACUGAGCACAGCAAAUACAAACAUACCAUACGUUGGAAAAUAAGCAUCAUGGACCUAAAACACUAUGGUUGCUUUUUGAAGGGGCGCAUGUGAGGCUGCGCACACGCGAUAUGCCAUUAGGCCAACGGCCUCAGGUCUGGGAUUCAGGCGAGGGCAGCCACACAACAGCUGGGCCUGCUUGGGGAGUCCGGCUUGGGUCUCACUGGCAUUGCUUCGGAGAGGUCUGUCGGCAGCCGGAUGGAGAGCUCUCCCGGGUGAAGGGCUGUCAGAGUCGGGGCCACGCCAGAGACUUGGCAGUCAGAAGUACACAGGGGCCAGCUAAGGCCCUGGGGCAGGUGUGGAGAUCGACACUAAGGGCGCCGUGCUGACCCCUGGGCGCUCCGGCGUCUGUCCACAGGCCGAGGAGGAGCUGGCAGAGACGCAAGCGGCAGCCAGUUGGGAAGAGGCCCGGCGCGGCCCAGAUGACCCUCUAGAGCUGGUGGGGGUGGGGGCCGCCCGAGCGGUCAUGGAGCUGUGCUGACCUGGGACUCCCCACCUCGCCCCCAGGGGUGCUUCACCGUCCCCCGGGCGGUUUGCUGAACCCCCCGCACGCAUCUUUGUAAACAGUCCCUCCGCUAAGCUGGGCUCAGUCACCCCUGCUGGUAGAAAAACAGCUCUGGGCUGGGUGGGGGGGGUGUGGAGAGAAGGCGAGGAAGGGGUGAGGCUGCCGCUGCAAGCUGGGGCGGGCCUGAGACCCGCGCGUUUCCAGGAAUGGCCGCAGGAGGCCCUCAACACCUGGCUUGAGCUGUUGGCGUGAAAUUCCAGGCCCUUGACUGUAGUACGGGGGGGAUAAGCCGGGGAUGACUCAGGUAGUCUCCCAAGGGGUGUGACAGAGAAAAAUCAGGGGCCCCCAGGGGCUCAGAUCCUGAUCCCCGGGGUCCUGGGAUGGAGCCCCACACCGGGCUCCCUGCUCAGCGGAGCACCUGCUUCUCCCGCUGACCCUUCUCCCCACUUGUGCUCACUCUCUGUCUCAAAUAAUUAGAUAAAAUCUUUUUUAAAAAGACUAUGUUUACCCUUAAGUUCGGGGUUCUUUGUAUAAUCGUUGGAUGAAUUAUAUUUUGUUAUUCAAAUAUGGUCUAUCUUUAUUAGAAGAAUCUUAUUUUGUGGCUCCAUUAUUCUAGAUCCUAAUCAUUUUCUGUGUCUUUGAGUAUCAGUGACUGAAAGAAAAAUCUUUUAAAAUCUGCUGUUCUGUUCUUUUUGGAACUGAUCAUAAAUUGUUAGAUGUAUGAGAGCUUAGAAUUGUUAUAGUUUCCAGAUAAAUUGUUCCUUUUACCAAAAUGUACUAUCCCUGUUUUUCCACCUAAUAAUACUAAUAAUACUUCUUGCAUUGAAAUAGGUCUUCUCUGACACUGAUACAGUUACAUCGACUUUCCCUUCACUAUCACUGCCCAGUAUGUUAUUUUUAAUAACAUCAGGGUCAUUGUUUUAUCGCUUGUUUUGUAAACAGCAAAGCUGGAUUUUUUUUUCCAGUCUAGAAACUGGUCUUUCAGCAAAUAGGAGUUACUCUGUUUACAUUUAUUGUGAUUAUUGAGAAACCAAUAAAAUUUUAUGAUCCUA